AUGACUGAUUCCCCUCCAGCCUCCCCACCCUCGGGGACUCGCGCUUUAUGGAUGGCCUCCUCCGAGGUCGACCAAAAGGCCCUGGGCAAUUUCGCCGCCGUCAUGGGCCUCGAAAACCCCUUUCUGUCCACCAUGCUAUAUAAAGUUCUCGGCGUCUCCGUCAUGCUCUCCAAGAAGCUCAUUCGAGCGCGCAAGCUGCGCCGUCUCGACACCACCCGUGAAACAAGAUCCCUCCAACUAUACCACCACAUCAUCUGGCUCUCCCGAGAAGGUCUCCUAAUGCUAGAAGGCUUCAUCCUCCCAAUGGUCGACCUAUACGUCGAGCUGAAAGUCCUCGCCUACAAACUGCGCGCCUCCUUCUACCACAUCUUCGUCCUGUUUCACAAUCGACCAAUUUUCACGCACGAGCCACCACCCCUAUGCACCCAUGAGUCAAUACUCCCUCUUCAAAAUCCCAACCUCCAGACCCCCGGUCUAGGUCUAGGUCUAGCAGUACAACCCGUCCAACCCCAACCCCAACCAUCCUCUUUCCUCCUCCCAGCACUCGACUACACCUCAACAGCAACAGCCUGCUUCAACCACGCCUCAGCCUUAUCCGAUAAACUCCUUCCAGGCUCCCACCCCCUCCGUCUCUCCGUCAAACUCGAAUACGCAGCUUACCUCCACGACUGCCUCCAAGAUCCACUCGCCUGCCGCCGUCUCGCCAAACAAGCCAUCGCAGACGUCUACAACGCCCAAGAAGGAAUGGACGACGAGAGCUUCGCCGAUGCAGCUGAGAUCGUCGGCGUUCUAGGUAAAAUGGUCAAGCGCGGGAAAUUGGCUAGUAGUACCGGGACGGGGACGGGGACGGGGACGGCUAGUAGUAUUUCCCGCUCACGGAGUCGAAGCAGUCGCAGUCCCAGUCAUCGUGACGCGAGUGUUCCGACAACUGUUUCGCCGCCUGCGCAUCUGGGAUCACGGUCGAGAUCUGCGAAUUCGAGUCGGCAGAAAAUUGAACCUGCGGUUCCGGAUGCGUCGAUGUUGAAUCCGAUUUGA